GUCAUCUCUAUUUGGACACAGAUCUCGCCAUACCGCAGAGAUCGCUCGCCAUCCCCAAAUCAUCAUCGCACAGAGCACAGGUCAGUCAUGGCCGAUGUUGACUCAAACUUGUCCUCCUCAGAGACAUUACUCUCGACCUGCUCCAACUCUUCUUGCGACGUUUCCUCCCGUGAUGUACCUGACGACUGCAACAAUUGCACGAUUGGAGGACUUCCACCGCCAGAUGCACGCCGAGAUUCGGUAGUCACUGACGAUCACCAGAGCGCCGCAUCCCCUUCUUCUUCAUCUUGCCCUCCAGCUGCUGGUUUCAUUCCCAUCCUUCAUAGUUUCUCUGCCUGCAGCGGCGUAGGAAGAGUCAUGUGCCACUACUCGCGAUCGAUUACAUCAAAGGACAUCUCAUUGGGGUCAAGGAGCUUAAAUGGGAAAGAUUCAACCCCACAGCGACCACCUCUUGCGGGCGCCGCAUCGGACCGCCGAAGCACUAGUCAGGGUCCAACCGCGCCGGCAGAUCUCGUCAUAGCCCGCCCACCUGCCCACAUGCGCCUAACAAAGCAGGCUGACCUUUCGUCAAUGGCAGAACCGCCCCACCAUGAUUUCAAUGGCACUCCACGCCCAGUGCCCACCCCGAGCCGGCAGCCCUCAUUAUCGCAUCGCAUGAAGCACGACAAAUCGAUCCUUGCGCUUGCCCUGUCCGCCUCGUACAUAUUCGCAGGAACUCAGGGAGGAGAGAUAUUGGUAUACAGCUUGGACACCUAUGAACCCAAAAAGGUCAUUGAGGCCCACAGGGGCAGUGUGCUUGGUCUUUGUCUAUCGCAAGACCAGGAACUUCUAUUUUCGAGUGCGACAGAUCCUUUUGUGAACGUUUGGAGCACCACUACCUUUCUCCGGUUAUAUGCGAUUUGGUCGACCUACGAUGUUGGGGAUAUCUUCUGUGUAGCAUACUCAUCUUACCACAAGACGGUGUAUCUUGGGGCGCAAAAUGCCAGUAUACAGUGGUACGAUCUCAAAGAAAAAGAUUCACGUCCUCGACCCGCACUUACCUCCCACCCAUCCGAACGCGUGGACCGCUUCUUCGACUCUGCUGGUCCUGGUGGAGUUAGGACUCCAAGGCCCACUGGCGCAGAAAAUAAGCUUCGGGACGCCGUAGGAGGCCAGAACCUCGAAAUCGACAAACAAGACGUUUGUACGUUUGCGCAUUAUGGAUACGUAUAUUGCAUGCUCUUGGGACAGAAGAUUCUACCGGACUCACCAGCAGAAGAAGUGCUCGUCUCAGGAGGUGGUGACGGGCGGAUUCAACUAUGGAGGAUUGAUCCGUCAAGUGGGGGUGCUAUAAGCAAGAUAUACACACUGGAGGAUGGCCGGGAGGAAGGUGAAUCUAUCCUGUCCCUAGCGCGGGAGGGCUCUUUUCUGUAUAGUGGGCGGCUGGAUGGUGAGGUCAAUGUUUGGGACCUUGAAACCAGGCAGCUUGUCAGGAAUUUGAAAGCGAGCACUGGGGAUGUCCUUUCAUUGACUUUCGGUGGUGGUCUGCUCUUCGCUGGUGGCAUUGAAGGGACUGUUCAGAAAUUCAAUCAGCACUACGAAACCGUAUCGACAUUUCAAGCUCAUGACGGCCUUAUCCUUGCCUCAGCUUUUACCAAUUACAACCACAAACCAACGUUCGUAACAGGCGGCAAUGACAGUACUAUAGUCAUUUGGUCCAUUCAGGACUGCGAAGGUCCUUCCUCCACGCCUCGACGGAACAACAAUGAUCUCAUGGUCGAAUCGCUCAAUCAAUUCAUCUCCUUUCGGACCGUGUCAUCCCUGCCCAAGUAUCGGGCAGACUGCAGAAGAGGUGCAUCGUUCCUACGGUCGGUCUUCCAGAACUUCGGCGCGGCCACAGAGAUGCUCAACACCACCGAACCUUACAACCCCAUCGUUUUCGCCAAGUUCAGGGGCAACCCUGCUACUGCAUCCUCCAGAAAGAAAAUCCUGUUCUACGGCCAUUACGAUGUCAUCCCAGCAGAAGACGAGGCCAACAAAUGGAAACACGACCCGUUCACGUUGACUGGUGAGGGUGGCUACCUAUACGGUCGAGGUAUCUCGGACAAUAAAGGACCUAUCAUGGCUGCUAUAUAUGCGGCACAUGAGUUGGCCAAUGAGCAGUCGUUAGAUUCUGACAUCAUCUUUCUGAUUGAAGGAGAAGAAGAGAGUGGAUCUCGGGGGUUCAAAGAUGCCAUCAGGGCCAAGAAGGACUUGAUUGGAGAUGUGGACUGGAUCCUGCUGGCGAACAGUUACUGGCUCGACGACCAUGUCCCAUGUAUUACGUACGGCCUACGAGGCGUGAUCCAUGCCACAGUCCAGAUCGAAAGUCGGCAUCCAGAUCUACAUAGUGGCGUGGACGGCAGUGCUCUACUGGACGAACCUCUCAAAGACCUCGUCAUGCUUCUCUCCAAACUCACUGGCCCGCACGGCAAAGUACUGAUACCUGGCUUCUACGACCCGAUCUUGCCACUCACGGCUGACGAGAAGCAACUCUACGCCGAGAUCACAGAGACCUUGCUUAGGGGCAAUCCAGACCUUGGAGAUCCCGAAGAGCUUGCACAGUCACUCAUGCGUCGAUGGCGAGAGGCCUCUCUUACGAUCCAUCGCUUCCAGACCUCUGGCCCAGACAACUCGACCAUCAUCCCCCGCCUCGCCAAAGCAUCCAUCUCCAUCCGACUUGUGCCCAACCAAGAAAUCUCCGAAGUAGCCGAAUCCAUGACAUCCUACCUCUCCUCCGAAUUCGCACAGCUCGAUUCCAAGAACGCCCUCACCGUAACUAUCGACCACCAGGCUGAACCCUGGCUAGGCGACUACACAAACGAGAUCUUCCAGACUCUCGAGUCCGCCAUACAAUCCGUCUGGGGGCCCACACUCAACCGCCGCCGCAGUUCCAUCCCCGCUCUGAAAUCCCCAGACACCGCCUUGUCGCCACUAUCCCCUGCCAUCACCACCACCGACCACCGACCCUCCCCAACGACAUCAAACACCCUCGCCAACUCCUCCUCCCCCACCACAGCUGACACAGAAGCCGGUGCCCCCUCAACCAACCAAGAUACCACCGCGCCUUCGACCCUCGCCCGCAAACCCCUCUACAUCCGCGAGGGAGGCAGUAUCCCCUCUAUCCGCUUCCUCGAGAAAGAAUUCGACGCCCCGGCUGCACAUCUGCCGUGCGGCCAGGCGAGCGACAGCGCACAUUUGGACAACGAGCGGCUCAGGCUCGUCAACCUGUACAACAGCAAGCGGAUCUUCAAGAAGGUGUUUAGGGAGCUGCCUAGGAAAUAGAGGAAGAAAGCGGGAGAGUGAUAGCACUUUGUGCCCUAUUAUGAGUCUUAUGGGGGAUUGAUAUGUUGAUGAAUGGCUCCAAGGCCUGGCAAUAAGAUGUAAGGCGUGCAUAACGACCAAAACUAUUUUCUAGAGACUACACUAUAGAUUUCCGUUGCCCGUUGGCUUUCCUAUAGCGAAUAUUUUCUAUCAUAAAUAC